AUGGUUCAGGAAAAGGAAACAGUCCAUCAGCUAGAAGACUCCAAGGUUACCGCCACAGACGAGGAAAUCAGCGCUGCCAAUGCGGCCUUUGCUGCUGCCCUGGGUCAGAAUGCCCCUAACCCAUGGGGACGGGGGCAUAUUGCCCUUUACGGCUGCUGUCUUGUCGUGUAUCUUUGUUCGACCAUGAACGGUUACGAUGGCUCCCUCAUGGGCAGUAUAAAUGCUUUACCCAACUAUCUCCACUACUACGACGUUUCCGAGAAUGAACAGGCGGGGACGGGGAUCGUCUUUGCCAUCUUCCAGGUCGGACAAAUGACAGGCGCUCUGUUUGUUUGGUUGGCAGACUGGAAAGGAAGAAAGCUGCCAAUAUUUCUCGGCUGUGCAGGCGUGAUUGUCGGGACGAUCGUCACUGCCACAGCUAAGACGUUGGCUAUAUUCAUUGGUGGGCGCUUCCUGCUGUCGUUCUUCUGCACCUGGGCUACAACUGCCGCACCAAUGUACGUCGUCGAGAUCGCACCACCUCUGUACCGUGGUACUGUAUCCGGGCUCUAUAACACCCUUUGGUAUAUGGGUUCAAUCAUCGCCACCUUUGCCGUCUACGGGACGCAUCUCCAUUUUACUUCAAACCUAGACUGGCGGCUGCCCCUAUGGCUUCAGCUACUCUGCCCGGGCAUUGUUUGUCUCACAGUCUGGUUUCUUCCAGAAUCUCCUCGUUUCUUGGUCGCCACCGAUCGUCUCGAAGAAGCCCGCGAUUUCGUUGUGAAAUACCAUGCAAAUGGCGAUAGUUCACAUCCAAUCGUCAACCUCGAACUCAACGAAAUUCAACACAACUUACGCGAUGUCCCAUUGGCUUCGUGGAGCAACUUCUUUGAUCUUCGUAUUCUCGUCAAGUCUCGCUCGAGGCGAUAUCGAAGCAUGCUGAAUCUGGCCUGGAGUUGGUUUGGCCAGUUCUCUGGAAACAAUGUGAUAUCUUACUAUCUGCCCUUGCUGCUUACCAACGUCGGGGUCACGGACACGAACACAGUGCUCUUGCUCAACGCAGUGUAUGCCUUGACUGGCUGGAUUGCCGCCGCUGCUGGAGCUCGAUUCCACGAUGUCUUUGGACGGCGUAAAAUGAUGCUGGGCUCCACCUUUGGCAUGAUCAUCUGCUUAUCCAUCACCGCAGGCACUGCAGCGGGAUACGUCAAUACCGGAUCUAAAAGCUCAUCCGAUGCGAGCAUCGCCUUUAUCUACAUCUUCGGUGUGGUCUUCGCCUUCGCCUACACCAGCAUGCAGCCCAUAUACCCUGCUGAAGUCAUGUCGAACGAAAUGCGAGCCAAAGGCAUGUGGCUCUUCCAAUUCACGGCUGGCCUCGCUUCAUUUGUCAACACCUUCGCCGCCCCGGUCGCCUUGAAGAACAUCAAGUACUGGUUUUAUGUCUUCUUCGUGUUUUGGGAUUGCUUUGAGUUCCUGUUCAUCUACUUCUUCUUUGUGGAAACCAAAGGGAGGACUCUUGAGGAAUUGGAUGAGGUGUUCGAAGCGAAGAAUCCGAGGAAAGCAAGUACGAUGAAAGUUAUGGUGAGACGGCGAGAGAUUGUGGGCAAGGACGGUGCCCGCGAUGUCGAAGUCUCGAGAGUCGACCAGCUCGCUUGAAUCGCUGCCUCAGUCUGGUUGUGACUUCAUUCUAGCAGAUUCUGCUGGAGGUUGAUUUGGAUGCCAGCAUGGAUUGGUCAUGAGGAAUGGAUCAUGGGUGUUAGCAACGUGACGGCCGCCAUCCAUGGAGGGACUCAAUGAGGGAAUAUCAGGCGGGGAGGAACAGCACCAAAGAUAUUGUCAGGCACAUUAAUGAGGAACGAGCUAGCUGGAA